AUGGUUUGGUUUCAGCGAGGAAGGCUAAGUUCUUUCGAUACUAAGGGGGUCUUACGGGUCUUCACAAAUCAGUUCGGAGGUAGUUGGAUGCCACUCUUCAGUAAGCUAAACAAGGCAGGGGAGAACCAUUGGGUUGUUGGACUCAAUGCAAACAAGUUAUUUUGCAUUGUUUGCAAGUCUCCUGAAACCUACCCACAUGCAACUUCCAAGCCUGUCCUCACCUUGCUUGACCUUUCGUUCCCUCUUGCUUCAUCUGAUCUCGGAGCAGAUAGCCUCGAGAAUGAAUUUAUGAUGAACAACAUGCAUCUGUGCCAGAUUCAGAAAAAAAUAGAAGAAAUGGUAGCUGCUGGUGAGUACACCACCUCACUUGACGAUGAGACUUUCAACUUGGAAGCUUCUCUCGACAGAUGCAUCUUGAGGCUCAUUGCAUCUUGCUGCAAUGGUUAG